UUCUCUCUCUCUCUCUCUCUCUCUCUCUCUCUCUCUCUCCUCGUAUUCCCAAAACGCCCCUUCCCCCACCAAUCAUGGCCCUUCCCAAAACGCCCCUCCCCAAACUCCUCUCUCUCCUCCUCCUCCUCCUCCUCCUCUCCUCCUCUUCUUCGUCCUCCUCCUCCUCCUCCGCCUCCUAUUCCGAGCUCUUCGAAUCAUGGUGCGAGGAGCACGGGAAGAGCUACGCCUCCGAGGAGGAGAAGCUCGCGCGGUUCCGCGCCUUCGAGGACAACGCCGCCUUCGUCGCCGCGCACAACGCCGCCGCCGAUGGCGCCUCCUCCUACGCGCUCGCCCUCAACGCCUUCGCCGAUCUCACCCCCGACGAGUUCCGCGCCGCUCGCCUAGGGCUCGCCCCGGGUCUCGCCUCCGCCGCGGCGCCGCGCCGCGCCGGGGAUCGCCCCGUGUUCCGGGGGUUCAGCGGCGACGUGCCCGAGUCGAUCGAUUGGAGGGAGAAAGGGGCCGUCACCGAAGUCAAAGAUCAGGGCAGCUGUGGUGCUUGCUGGAGCUUCUCAGCAACUGGAGCAAUAGAAGGAAUUAAUAAGAUUGUGACUGGAUCUCUAGUCAGCCUUUCUGAACAGGAAUUAAUUGAUUGCGACCGAUCUUAUAAUAAUGGUUGUGGCGGUGGACUCAUGGAUUAUGCUUUUCAGUGGGUGAUAAAAAAUAAAGGAAUCGACACAGAAGAUGACUAUCCAUAUCUAGGCACAGAAAAGACAUGUAAUAAGAACAAGAUGAAUCGUCGGGUUGUAAACAUAGACAGUUACACUGAUGUGCCCUCGAACAACGAAAAAUUAUUACUCCAGGCUGUGGCAACACAACCUGUGAGUGUAGGAAUAUGUGGUAGUGACAGAGCAUUUCAGUUAUAUUCGCAGGGUAUAUUUACCGGACCAUGUUCGACAUCAUUGGAUCAUGCUGUGUUAAUUGUUGGUUAUGGUUCACAAAAUGGAGUCGAUUACUGGAUUGUGAAGAACUCAUGGGGAACAAGCUGGGGUAUGGAUGGGUAUAUCCAUAUGCUUCGUAAUGGCGAUAGCUCACAAGGGGUUUGUGGCAUUAAUAUGUUACCUUCCUACCCUACAAAAACAAGCCCUAAUCCUCCCCCUUCACCCGGACCCGGUCCAACUAAAUGCAGCCUCCUGACCUACUGUCCAGCUGGAAGUACCUGCUGCUGCUCUUGGCGUGUCUUAGGACUGUGCCUUUCAUGGAGUUGUUGCGAACUGGACAAUGCAGUUUGCUGCAAGGAUCAUCAGUCCUGCUGCCCGCAUGAUUAUCCUGUUUGUGAUACCAACAGGAAACAAUGCUUUAAGGCUAAUGGGAAUUCCACAGGCAUACAAGCCAUUAAGAGGAAAGAUGCUUUACUGAAACAUGGAUCUUGGAAUAAUUUACUUGACCUGUGGGAUGUGUAGAAUAUUACACCAAUAACAGUAAGAUUUCAAUGGAUAUGCUGUAUCUUUCCCUCGAUGUAAAGUUGCGGAUCGGUAAUUUACUUCAGAUAUCCCUCUACUCAUUCCGAUUUGCCAAUUGAUAUACUUACAGAAGUCCCUCCAUCUUAUACCGAUUGAUAACCUUUAGUUGCGUGUGGUGUUCUGUGGUCAUUGAUGAAUUGUUAUUUGUGCAAUUUAAUGUUCAAUAAUCCCAACUAGUAUACCACUUUAUAUGAUGAUAGAUUUUGUAUCAUUAAUGUAAAAUUGCUUGUAUGAUCGCAAUAAGUUUGUAUCGUUGACUAGAGUUUUAAAUCGUUCAGUUUGUAUCAGCACUCUAUUAAAGCAUUCUGUGAUUAUUUAUAGCUCUAUUUGGCA